AUGGACCCAGCAAUCGAGCCAACAAUCGAGCCAACAGUAGAACCAAAAAUCGAGCCAACAAUUGAAACUACAAUCGACUCAACAAUCGACCCAACAAUCGACCCAACAAUCAACCAAACGAUCGACCCAACGAUCGACCCAACAAUUGACGCAACAAUCGACCCCGCAAUCGACCCAACAAUCGACCCAACAAUCGACUCAACAAUCGAACCAAAAAUCGACCCAGAAAUUGAGCCAACAAUCGAGCCAACAAUCGAACCAACAAUUGAGCCAACAAUCAAAACUACAAUCGACUCAACAAUCGACCUAACAAUCGACCCAGUAAUCGACCCAACAAACGAUCCAACAAUCGACCCAACAACCGACCCAACAAUCGACCCAACAAUCGAUCCGACAAUCGAACCAACAAUCGACCCAACAAUCAACUCAAAAGCCAACCCAACAAUCAACCCAACAGUCAACCCAACAAUCAACCCUACAUUCAACCCAACAACCAACUCAAAAAUCGACCCAACAAUCGACCGAACAAUCGACCCAACAAUCGAUCGAACAAUCGACCUAACAAUCGACCCACCCAACAAUCGACCCAACGAUCGACCCAACGAUCGACCCAACAAUUGA